UGCAGGUCCCCCCCAGGAAGGUGCAGGAAGUGUUCAAAAUGUAGCUCACAGUCUGACAGAAUAAAAAGAGAAAGAUUUCGUCAUGGAGGGAACUUCCAAAAGCGCUGCGGCAGGUCAGCCCUCUGUUGCUGCUCAGGUUCCCUUCCUUCACCUGUGUACCACUUUAGAGAAAAUCCAGAAGUCUAAACUCCGUCCAGAUAAAUCCAAGAUUCUUGGGGAUUUCAUUGGUUCAUGGAGAAAGUUUCACUCUGCCCUCCACAAAGACAACCCCAAAACAACAGACUCUUUCUACCCAGCUAUGCGCCUCAUAGUCCCCCCCUUCGAACGAGAGCGUAUGGCGUACGGCAUCAAAGAGAGCAUGCUGGCUAAACUCUACAUCGACGCAUUGGGCCUCCCAAAGAAUGGCCCAGAAGCCAAUAAACUGCUGAACUACCGCGCUCCGACUACAUCCCAAGGAGAAGCCGGAGACUUUGCCGGCAUGGCGUACUUUGUGCUGAAGAAACGGUGCACCAAUCAGGGAAACCUCAGCAUCAAAGAAGUCAAUGACUUUCUGGACUCUGUGGCCAUCAACAACGGAAGCAAGGAGAAGGACCUCGUGAGAAAGAGUCUGCUGCACCUCAUCACCCAGAGCUCGGCUCUCGAGCAGAAAUGGCUCAUCAGGAUGAUUCUGAAGGACAUGAAGCUCGGGAUCAGCAAAGAAACUGUUCUCCAAGUCUUCCACCCAGAUGCUAAUGACCUCUACAAUGUCAACACGGACUUAAACAAGGUGUGCCAGCAGCUCCAUGACCCCUCCGUCUCUUUGAGCGACGUCUCUAUCGGACUCUUCUCUGCUUUCAAGCCUAUGCUGGCAGCCGUGGCCAACAUCCGCGGUGUGGAGAAACAGAUGGGAAACAGCCCUUUUUACAUCCAGACCAAGCUGGAUGGCGAGCGUAUACAGCUGCACAAAGACGGGGACGUGUACAAGUACUUUAGCCGAAAUGCCUUCGAAUACACGCAGCAGUUUGGAGCAUCCCCACUGGAGGGCUCACUGACGCCUUACAUCCACAACGUUUUCAAAAGCCACGUCAUAAACUGCAUCCUGGACGGUGAGAUGAUGGCGUACAACCCGACCACAGAGACCUUCAUGCAGAAGGGGAGCAAAUUCGACAUCAAGAGACUAAUGGACGACUCUGAGUUACAGACGUGCUUCUGCGUGUUUGACGUGCUGUUAGUCAACGACCAGAAGCUUGGAAAGACAACGCUGGAGAAACGCUACGAGACCAUUCAGACAGUUUUUACCCCGGUUAAGGGAAGGAUUCAUCUGGUGCCAAAGACUGAUGCUCGAACCAUGCAGGACGUGGUUAACGCCCUCAAUGACGCUAUCGACAACAGAGAAGAGGGGAUCAUGGUGAAGGAUCCUUCAUCCAUCUACAAACCUGACAAGCGAGGUGAAGGAUGGCUGAAAAUAAAGCCAGAAUAUGUGGAUGGCUUGAUGGAUGAGCUUGACCUGCUGAUUGUUGGUGGCUACUGGGGGAAAGGGAGACGAGGUGGUAUGAUGUCCCAUUUCUUAUGUGCCGUUGCCGAAGCUCCAAAGCCUGGCGAGAAACCCUCAGUUUUCCACACUCUCUGCCGCAUCGGCUCCGGCUACACCAUGAAGGAGUUGUACGACCUCGGUUUGAAGCUGGCCAAGCACUGGAAAGUCUAUCGGAAAAAUGACCCGCCAGCGUCCAUCUUGUGUGGAACCGAGAAACCAGAAGUUUACAUCGAACCCUGCAACUCCGUCAUCAUCCAGGUCAAGGCGGCCGAAAUAGUGGGGAGCGACAUGUACAAGACCAAUUGCACCCUUCGCUUCCCCAGGAUCGAGAAGAUCCGGGACGACAAGGAGUGGCACCAGUGCAUGACUCUGGCCGAGCUGGAUCAGUUCCGCAGUAAGGCGUCUGGGAAACUCGCCUCGCGUCACGUUCGCAUCGAUGAUGACGAACCGCAAAAGAAGAAGCGCAAGAUGCCAGCCAAACCCAAGAAGGUGGUCGGGAUCGUCGACCACUUCAAGCCUCAGGACCUCUCUGGGGUUACCAAGGAGACGGAUAUGUUUGAGGAUGUGGAGUUCUGUAUCCUGAACGGCACGGAGGAUCACUCCAAGGCUGAACUGGAGAAGGGCGUGGCCAGGUGUGGCGGUAUCGUGGUUCAGAAUCCAGGACGGGACACCUACUGCGUGAUCGUCGGCGUGGAGAACAUGCGCGUGAAGAACCUGAUUUCCUCUGACCAGCACGACGUGGUGUGGGCCGCCUGGCUGCUGGAGUGCUUGAGCCAGAAAGAGGUGGUCCCGUGGCAACCGCGUCACAUGAUCCACAUGACGCCCUCCACCAGAGAGCACUUUGCCAAAGAGUACGACGGCUACGGCGACAGCUACUUUGUGGACACCGACGAGCAGCAGCUGCGGGAGGUGUUCGGCCGCAUCGGCAGCUCGGAUGCGUCCGCGUCCACGGACGUCUGCCAGGUGGAGCAGCGUUACGGCUGGGAGGACCUUCCCACCAGCUUGUUCAGACCCUUCACGGUUUACAUGGAUAGCUUCGCCGAGAUAGGAGACCAAAAAACCACCAUACCUGCCACCUGUUUGGACAUCAGGGCGCUGGAGUUUCGCUACCAUGGAGGGACGGUCGUGCAGAAGUUAGAGGAGGGGGUCUCUCAUGUCGUUAUCGCACAGGAAACGAGACUCCUGGAUCUGAGGACUCUGAGGCGCUGCUUUAGGAAGAAGUUUAAAAUUGUAAGAGACUCGUGGGUGACGGAUUCAAUCAAAGAAGGGUAUCUGAUGAAUGAUGCUGACUACUUAGUUUGAGUAGUGAUGUGUACAGUAGUUGAGUUGACACUGGAGAAGAAAACACUCUUUUAGCUAGCAUUUUAAUUAAUUCUUAAUAAAAUUGGGAAUAAACUAUUUAAUAAAAGUCAAAAAAUAAACAUCCCAGACAGUCAAAAUAAGCAUUAAGGGCGAGGAAAGCGAUGUGAUUUUAAAUUUAGGGAUGUUAUGUCUCAAGGGUUUCAUGCAAAACCUUAUGAAUUAUAUUUUUGUCUUCUUAAUGAGACUUUAAGGCUGCUUGUUAUUUUAUAUAUUAGUUUUAAAUGUAUAGGCUGCUGUGAAACUCAGGAAGGCAAUGAUUGGGUUUUCAGUUUUGAAAGUGGGAAUUGCAUUAUGAAGUAUUCAAAUGUGGGAGCGGAUUUAUCUCUUCUCAGAUUUUUAGCUGUGCUGUUAUAAAUAUAUUUUACUGAAAGGAAAAGAAGGUUUCGACUCGACCAAAACUGAAGGGUUUAAUCUUAAAAACUGCUCGAUUUCUUUGGGACUAUGAGGCUUUUUAGUACUUUUUGUGAUACAGAUAAUGUGGAUUAUUGUGCUGAGCAGUUAGCCCUCCUCUGUGCCUUUGGGCUUUUAAUGUCUGUUUACCUACACAAUAAAUACAACUCUUAAUAAAUAUAA